AUGUCAUUUACAAAGGUUUGUAAUUUUUAAUUGACUCAUUUAUAUAUUCAAAUUUUUUUCUUUAUUUUUUUAUACGAACUAAAGUUUUUUUAGGAUUCUCUGAAUCUUAUUCAUCUCAAUCAGUUAUAAUCCAUUAGUAUCCAGUAUAAUCUAUUAGUAUCCAUUAUAAUCUAUUAGUAUUCAUUAUAAUCUAUUAAUAAUUUUUUUAAUGAUAUAAAUCAAAGAUUUACUUUUUUUGCUACACAAAGAUAUAAAUUAAAAAAAAUGAGUAAUAGAAAAAUUAUAUGAUGCCUGGAUUGAUUACAAAAAAAACAAAAAAAUGUUUAUAUCAAGAAAACAAAAUUCUGCAGAGAAAUUGGUUGUAGUGUAGAUUAUUUAAAUGAAAAUAUUAGAAAAUUCACAAGUGAAUCCGAAGGAAAUCUUAGAAAUUUUGAAACUCCAGAAAGUUAUAAAAACAGGGAUACUAAAGGUAGAUUCCAGUCGUAUUCUAAUCAGAGCAACCAAAAGGAGUAUGAUGAUUUCGAAUCAAAGAUUCCUAAAUCUGGAGGAUUGGUAGAAUCAAAAAUUCCUAAAUCUGGAGGAUUGGUAGAAUCAAAGAUUCCUAAAUGUGGAGGAUUGGUAGAAUCAAAGAUUCCUAAAUCUGGAGGAUUGGUAGAAUCAAAGAUUCCUAAAUCUGGAGGAUUGGUAGACAUUUCUAAAGUAACUAAAAAAAGAACACCAGAAGAACAAAUAGCUUACAUUCAAAAAAGUAUUCAAAAAUCAUAGAUUUUUUCGAAUUCUUCAGAAUAAGUCAAAAUUGAAAAUUUCAAGGAUUUCCUAGAAGUGUUAGAAGUGUUAGAAGAUGAAAAAAUAUUUCAGACAUUUUCUAAACCUUCCAGAGUACUAGAUUUAUCAAUUGUUAAAAAGUUGUACUUCGUAGACCAAACUUCUCUUGUAAAUUCAAGAAAUUCUUCUUUUUUAAUUUCACUACAGUGAUCCCUGUACAUGUAAUCUAAAUUCAUCUUAUCUUGUGGGAAUAUUAUAAAGAAGUUAGCGUUUUCUCUAAUUGUAUUCUUUGGAAGCUUUUAUAUAAUUCUGAGAAAUGUAAAAACAAUCCACUCCGGAGUGUCUUCCUCUUGUAUAAUAUUGUUCUAUUUUAUUUUGUUUUUCUAAUAAAAGAUCAUCAAAAAUUAUUAGAGUCUUCUUAUUUACAUCUAAAGAUGAAGGAUCUGGAAUAUCUUCUAUUUUGUCACUAUAAUGGACAUCAAUAAUUCUUUGAAACCCUGGGUCUUUUUCUUCAUCUUGAGAAGGAAUUUCAAUUAUGAAGUCUUGCUUUUCAAAACACCUCCUAAUUUCUUUUUUACUUAAUGAUACUUUUAUCAAUGAAAGAAAAAGCAAUAUCAUUUGUAAAUUUCCCAUCGAAAAAGGAAAUGAAAAAAAAUAAAAAAAUGAACCAGUUAAUCCAAUUUAUCACAAACUUAUGGAUAGACCAAAUGUUCUAACUCUCAAGCUUGUUGAUUCAUUGAAUAAUCCUAUUGGUUUUAAUAGAUGUGAUCUUCAUAUAGAAUUGCACUUGAAAACAUCGUAAGCAAAGCUUCCUAGAAGUGAUAGUUUCAAGGUUUUGCUCUGUAAAAACGAAUGAAAUAAUUUAAAUAAAAAGAAUUUCUAGAUCCUCUUAAAUCAAAGAUUCCGGAAGGAUCUCAAAUCCUUUUAAAAACCAGAUCCACGUUUUGAAUUCCAAGGUGAAUCCGAAGGAGAACCCUUUAGAUCUCUAAGAAAUGCUGCAUUCUUUUUUUAUUCAAACCGGUUCUAUUAGUAUUCCUUUUUAUUAGUAUUAGUAUUAGUAGUCAAUGAAUUUUGAGUAAUACUUCCUCCUUCACUUAUUUUUUCUUCAUCUAGAUUGUCAACUAGUUGUAUUUUAUCUUUCUCUUUUGGACUUAUGAUAACGAAACUCCUUUCAGAACUUGAUGUUUCUUUGAAAUCAUAAUUGAAGAAUCGCAUUACUUUUUUUAUUUUUUUAAGAGUCUCUUAUUUAUUAAGAGUAAUAAACAUUGAAGAUAAAAAAAUUAAAUCUAAUAAUAUUUUUAGAUAUUUUUAGUCUACCACUAAUGAUCUUCUAGAAGUUCUCAAAUCUUGUAAUUCUACAGCUUCAUGGUCUUUAUAGCCUUUCCUAUAGCUUGCUCUAUUGUUAUUUCUUUCAUUGUUUUUUUAAAACUUCUUUUCAAAGGAUCCUUCGGAUAUAAAGAAUAUUUUUGGAGAAAGGACCAUCCAAAUAGAUCUGCCUAUGAAUAUAUAAAAGAGUGUCACUCCUAUAGUCACAUAUAUUCUCCAAAAUUUAAUGUAAUACUUCUCAAAGAUGCUAGAAACUUCAUCUAAUAUUUCAUGAGGAAUCAUUCCAUCUUGACUAUUUGAGUGUAGAUCGAUGGAUACAUCAGCUUUUUCACGCAUCUCAUUAAUUAAUUCUUCCUCAAUAUUCGUUUUUGUAUCAAGGAGAAUGUGCUCAUGAAAGAUUACUUUAUCAUCUAAGAAAUCUAAAUUGAAGUCAGUGAAGCUUUUAAUAUUUGUUAUUUCAUCUUUUCUUGGAUGAAACUUGGGAUGCAAUUGAAUUUCACUAGAUAUUAUAUCUGUGGAUUCCUUGUAAUACCAAAUUUUGUCACCAAAAUCUUUGAUCUUAAUUGGAAUUUGUCACGCAAACGCGUUGGGCUAGAGUGGAAGGCAGAGACGCAGAGGAAACUGCCAACAUUGCAUUCUUCUAUUAACUUUCAUGUUUAUUGUUCACUAAGAAUAACUGACGACAUAAACGCGAGGUCGGUGGCGGUACAUUGACUAACUCGCAAAAAUGUCGCUUUUUUCUAGGCGCGAUCCCGCAUUUUUCUGGGCGCGAGCUCGCAUUCUUCUCGGCGCGACCUCGCAUUUAUCUUGCAUUUCGGAAAUUUUCAAAUUGCGAGAGAAAUGCGAGCUCGCGCCUAGAAAAGUGCGAGCUGGCGCCCAGAAAAAUGCGAGACCGGCGCGAGAAAAAAAGCGAGAUGUUUGCGAGCUCGUCAAUGUACCGCCAGUGUCUCGCGUUUAUCUCGGCAGUUAUUCUUAGUGUUAUUUUCUCUUUUAUUUUGAGUUGCCAUUAACUUUCCCCACUUUUUUCUCAAACUGAUCGGUUUUUACAGGGCGAUUCGAGUUCAAACAUGGUCCGGCACUUCAUCUCAGUAAGUUAAACUUUAAUUUUAGAAUUCUUGUAUGUUUAGUUUAUAUUAAUUUAACAUUUCAUUUUAGCCACAAGCUCGUUCGCUAUCCUUAACAUUUGUUGAUGUCUGCACUAAACUGAAAGAAAAGUGAGUAUAUGACUUAUAAUUAUUUUUUAAAUUUUGGUUUUUUAUUUAUUUUUUAUGUUCUAGAAUCAUUAACAACGAUAACGAAACACGUGUAGUUUUGGACGAAGCUGUGCGCCAGUAUAUCAAUUAGCUCGCUGUUCUUCUUCAGCACCCGUCAGGUAUACGAAACCUCUAAUAUUUUUCGGUUUUUUUAUAUACAAUUUUUAAAAAAAUAUUCUUAUUGGAUAAAUUUGAAACUUUUUCCUGUAGUUUAUAUAAAGAUUUUUGUUUUUAGUACGAGGAAACAAUGAUCCGACCAUGCGUACUCCUAUGAUUGAUAUGGUAUGUUUCUUUUUUUCUAAUCUUUCCAUCAACAAUGAAUUAUACUAUUAGACUAAUCUAUGCAAAAAGUAUAUAUAUAUAAUCAUUAAAAAAAUUACUCAAUAUUGUAUUUAGUAAUCGACAACAGGAGCCCUGCUGAAACGAAUGAAAAAGGCAAAUUAGAGAAAUUUGUACUCUCGCCGACGUUGUUUAUAUUAGUACGUUUCAAUAAUUUUAAAAAUAUAUUUUUAGAAUCUUUCUAUAUUUGACAUUUGGAUUAAUGACAUUGCUUUUAGGCCCACCAGAAAAUGCUAAUGAGGCUGAAGUCCUAUCGAGGGCCCAGCAGGUGA